AUGACCGAGCUAUCCAAUCUCAAUAUCAUCAUCACAGAUCGCCUCGUUCUCCGUCCUCUACGUCCUACCGAUAGAGACGCGAUUCGCUUCUUACGCUUCAAUCCCCAAGUCGUCGCUGCAUGCCUUGCACACAGAAAGGCAGAGACAGGGGCGGAAUUUGAUGCGUUUCUGGAGCGAGUGAUGGAGGGUGGUAAGUGUGUGAGUCAUUGUGUUGAGCUGCGGGUCUCUUCCCAGAGUGAGGGCGAGAAGGUGGAAGCAAAAGAGCAGAAAUUGACGCAGGAUGAGGGAAACGAGCCCAACAGUGCGGAUAAGAAGCAUAGAGAGAAUCAUAUCAUCGGCGUCAUGGGUGCCCACCGCGUCCCAGAGAUCGGCUACAUGUUCCUACCUGAGUAUUAG